AUGUUAAUAGGUAGUAGUCAGCUACUAGUCCAAUAUGAGAAGCUAAUACCUGCCUCAGCCUAUGCACUCAAAGAGGCCAAUCUAUCCCAAAAGGCACAAGAACUAUCCACCAAGGCCAACGGACUCAAAAAUGAGGUAGAUAGAGCUAAUAGUGAUCCUAAUGCCGCCAAGGUUCUGAAGGCCAAGAUUGGCACUGGUCGUAACGAUGGUAGACUCUGGCAUCUGGUCUGGAAUCUCAUGUACACUACCAAUAAACUUCACAAUGCAGUUCACCAACAAGCAGGCCCAGGUGAUCAUGAGGCAUACAAACUAGCCAAAGCCGUCCUAAACUACUCCAAAUUCACAACAGAUGAUUGGAAUAACCUCAACACAGCCAAUACCUGGGAAGAAAUCAAAACAUCAGGAGGAAACUCACUCAUAAAGGCUCUCGUAGAUCUUGCCAUUGCUAGUACUGAUCUAACUGCUCCGGCCGGCAAGGUAAAAUCCCAAUACGCCCAAGUAGCACAGGCAUUCCAACAGGUCCAGACUCAAAAUGAUUCACGAAGAGCAUACAACAAUAACCAAGACAAGUACCUAGCGGUAGUCAAGGCCUGGAAUGCCUUCAAUGCAGUCUAUAAGGCUGAAGAACAUCUGAAUACAGCCCUCACCAACCCUGCCAGCAAUCUAUCUAGCUCACUCAACCAACUCAAUAGUGCCCCUGAAGAUGAUCUAUUAGAUGUCUGCUCUAAGGCCUCUGAAGCACUCAAGAAAUACAACAUCCUAACGAAGGCUAUCAAAGAAAAACUAGAGGAUGUCAAGAAAUUCGAAUCCGCCUACAAAAGCACUACCAAUGAUAUCAAACAAAAUUACACAGAAAUUGUCGAUAACCACACAGAUCUCAAGAAUGCCUUCAAUGACGCACUUCGUAUCAAUAAGUUUUGGAUAAUAGUUUGGCCAUCAGUCAUAGCCCAGUGGCUUAAUUUCUUAACAUACGUGAUACUUCUGUUUGUCUAUGUUCCUGGAGACAGUGGUCAUCUAACAAUGUUUUACUGGGUGAUUGCUGUUUCUGGAUUCGUGUUUGGUCUCAGUAAUGUGUUGACGUUUGCUAUUGAUGAUAAUUAUUUGCCCAUCUACAUAGCUGGAGAAAACUCAUUUCCAGCUACCACUUCUCUGAUCCACUACCUGUCAUCCCUAAUGUUUGGUAACAGAAGGAAGUGGAACAGUGACUUCCUGAUGGUCUACAUAGACCUAGUGGUAGCCAUCCUAAUAUCCUUUGCAGCUGCUGCCAUGUGGACUGUAGCCUAUCUGUCAAGUCACAAAAAGAAAGAAGAUAAAACUAAUAAUGACCCUGAUACUUUUUGGCACAUUAAUCCUCCAGAUGGCUACCAAGGUGAAAUUGUUAAUCCUAAAACCUUUAUGCCAUUCCUCAUGGUCCUGGUUGGUAUGGGUCUGGUCUACUGCAUAUAUCCUGCCAUAGCUCCUGGAAUGAUUGUUCCAUUUUACCUCGUUGAUAAGAUUGAGAUGGUUCUGUUGAUAGCUACCAUAUUUCCACCUCUCAUUGUAGCCAUAGUUACCAAAUACAAGUUUGGCUGGUCACCUAAGGCAGAAUGGAAGGACAACUCUGGUGAUCCAUGGGCACCUGGUUCUCCAUGUAACUAUCUGUGGCAUUUCUUUGACCUCGUGAUUCCGACCAUGAUCAUUUUAGCCUAUUUAUUUAUUUACUCACUGCAUUACAGAGACUCAUCAGUUGCCAGAUCAAUCAUCAACCAACCCAAAAUGUCUACAUGUCUAACCAUUCUAUUCUAUAUGUGUCAUGAGAUACUUGAUAAUUUUACGUAA